ACGGAAUCCCCAGCUCCAUCGACCAGGGCGAAGAACCAUGGAGCUAUUGAGCUCAGUAAUUCUUUAUCUCUUCAUACCGUUGGCACUGCUUCAACUCCUCCGAUCAAUCCGAACCAGAACCAAGACCAAACCCCGCAGGAAUCUCCCGCCGGGACCCAUGCCGGUGCCUAUUGUCGGCGAUCUCCUCAAGCUGGGUGACAACCCCACCGCUCCCUGGCCAAACUGGCACAAAUAUACGCUCCAACUAGGCCGUGCCACCACCGUGGUCAUCUCCUCGAGAAACGCCAUCAAAGAAGCCCUUCAAAAGCAGGAUCUCGCCUUUUCUUCCAGAUCCGUUCCCAACGCCGUCCGCGCCCAUGACCAGUAUAAAUACUCCGUCACUUGGCUCCCCGUGGGGAGCCGGUGGCGGAGCCUCAGGAAAAUCUUGAACUCUCAUAUAUUCUCGAUGAGUAGACUCGACGCAGUCCAAAGUCUGCGGCGGCAAAAGGUGGCGGAGCUUGUGGAGUUCACAGGAAAGUGCUGCAGAGAGGGCGUGGCGGUGGAUGUGGGAUGUGCGGCCUUUACGACAUCGCUUAAUUUGUUGUCGAAUACUUUGUUUUCUGUGGAUUUGGCGGACCAGAGUGAGGAUUUGGCGAGGGAGUUCAGGGAUUUAGUUUGGCAGAUCAUGGUGGAGGCGGGACGGCCUAAUCUGGUCGAUUAUUUUCCGGUUCUUGCGAGGUUUGACCCACAGCAGAUAAGGGGCCGGAUGACGGAACACUACGGAAAGGUACUUCGGCUCAUUGGUAGAUUAAUCGAUGAGCGUUUGGAGUUGAGAAAAUCAAGCAAAAGUAAAGCGGAGAAUGAUGUGUUAGAUGUCCUAAUUAAUCUCGGCGAAGAGAGUAAUGAAGAAAUUGACCGAACCCACAUCGAGCGGCUGUUCUUGGACCUAUUUAUAGCGGGGACCGAUACAACAUCGAGCACAGUGGAGUGGGCAAUGGCAGAGGUACUCCUCCGCAGUCCAAAGGUUCUAGAAAAGGCCAGGGCCGAGCUCCAGGAAAUUGUCGAUAUAGGGAAGCCAAUUGAAGAAUCUGAUAUCGCACGAUUACGUUACUUGCAAGCAGUUGUCAAAGAGACAAUGAGAAUCCACCCACCAGCCCCAUUCUUGAUUCCUCGGAAGGUGGAGACAGACGUCGAGCUCGGUGGCUUCAUUGUCCCCCAGGGUGCACAAGUACUAGUGAAUGCUUGGGCAAUCGGGCGCGACCCGAACUUUUGGCCCGAGCCUACCCAUUUCAUGCCGGAGAGAUUCUUGGAGUCGGAGAUUGACGUGCGAGGACGGGACUUUGAACUGAUUCCUUUUGGGUCGGGUCGGAGAAUCUGUCCCGGGUUGCCACUAGCGAUGCUGAUUGUUCCGGCGAUGGUGGGAUCGCUCUUGAACUCAUUUGACUGGAAGUUGGAAGGAGGAAUUGCACCGGCGGAUUUGGAUAUGGAGGAGAAAUUUGGUAUCACGUUGCAGAAGGCUCAGCCUCUCCGUGCUAUUCCCAUCCCACUGAAGAUGCCUUUGUUCUUCAAG